CCAACACCACUUCACCUCUCCCCCUCCACACAAUACAACUCACCUCAAUCCUCCUCUUCAAUCAUCACCACAUGAAGAUAUACUCCCUCCCCAAAUCAACCUAGUUUGCGAUCAACCAAUUGUUUCCCUCCCGUUUUCGUUUGGUUUGCUCUCAACAGCGGCCGCGUCCGGUGCAAGCCGUGAAUUCCCGUUCCCUGAUCAAAACCUCACGCGAUCACCUCAACAAGCACAUCUUCGAGCCUUUCCCCUCUUCAAUUCUCCUGCAAAUUCGUUAAUUCGUUCGAUUCUUCAAUUUCCAACUUCUUCAAUCUCGAAAAUUAGGAGAGAAUAGCAAAAAUGGAGCUCGCACGUCCAAGCAGAAAGACUAAUGGGAAGGGUGUCCAGGUCGAGGAUACGCAGAUUUGUGUGGUAAUGGUGGGAUUGCCCGCGAGGGGAAAGAGUUUGAUUGCGCAGAAGGCUCAACGUUACCUCAGAUGGCUCUCGAUCGACGCUCGUGUCUUCAACGUAGGCAACUACCGCCGUAAAGAUGCCGCCCAACCCUCCGCAGACUUCUUCGAUGUCAAUAACAUCGAAGGUGAACGUAUGCGCCGAGCAGCUGCCGAAGCAGCCGUCGCAGAUAUGCUGAAAUGGUUCAAGGAUGGAGGAAUUAUCGCCAUUCUAGAUGCUACAAACAGUACGAAGAAACGCCGCCGUUGGAUCAAGGAACGAUGUGAUAGCGCAGGUGUUGAGACAUUAUUCGUCGAGAGCAAGUGCGAUGACGAGGAGCUGAUCAUGAGCAAUAUUCUCGAAGUCAAGACUACAUCACCCGACUACGUUGGCCAGGAUCCAGAGGAGGCGGCGCAGGAUUUCCGGAAUAGAAUUCGAAAUUACGAAAAGGUGUACCAGACGAUUGAUGAAGAGGAGAGUGAUUUGACAUAUUUGAAGAUCAUGAACGUGGGAAAGAGAGUUAUUAUCAAUGCUAUUCAGGAUUAUCUCCAGAGUAGGGUGGUAUAUUACUUGAUGAACCUGCACAUUAAGCAGAGAUCUAUCUGGCUAUCACGGCAUGGAGAAUCUAUGUGGAAUGUCUAUGGCAAAAUUGGUGGUGAUGCAAAGCUUUCAGAACGUGGUGAAGCAUAUGCAUUGAAGCUUCCAGAGCUGGUCAAGGAAUCAUUCGAUGGAAAUGACCACCCCCUCACAGUCUGGACAUCAACCCUUCAACGAACAAUUGCAACAGCACAGCACCUUCCCCAGGAAUGGAACCAAUUACAAUGGAAAGCCCUCGAUGAGUUGGACUCUGGCGUCUGCGACAAUAUGACCUACGCGGAGAUCAAGGAGGAGUACCCAGAAGAUUUCGAAGCCAGAGAUCAGGAUAAAUACAACUACCGCUACCGUGGCGGCGAAUCGUACGUUUUGCUUCCCCACACCCCCACAUUGCCCUCCCUUGUUCUCGACCCCUUUGGCCCAAAAUCCCCACUUCGAAUACACCACUAACGCUUCCUAGCUACCGCGACGUAGUCAUCCGCCUUGAGCCCAUCAUCAUGGAACUCGAGCGCAGCGAAAAUAUCCUCAUCGUCACUCACCAAGCCAUCCUCCGCUGUAUCUACGCCUACUUCAUGAAUGAAGACCAGGAGAAAUCACCUUGGCUGAACGUUCCUCUUCAUACGCUCAUCAAGCUCACGCCGAGGGCUUAUGGCACUGAUAGACAGGUUUACAAGGCUGCUAUUCCGGCAGUCAGUACUUGGCGUGGAAAGGGUAGUGUCGCAAAGCAUGAGGAUCCGUUGGAGGAUACGACGAGUUUAGAUAAGUGAGCUGGCUAUUGGCCAACGUAUUUGUCUUUGCUUUCAUUUGGCUUUCAUUUCCCCCUAACUCUGGACCGAGAUCUGGAUCUGGAAUCGAUAUGAGUUACGAUAUUUCUCGAGGAUUGUGACUGUCUCGAAACUAUGUACAUCUACCUGGAAAUGUGGCUCCCGUGGGAUCCAAUCGUGUUCCUUUUUUGCAUCAGAUCACACCAACACUGGAAAUUCAACAUCUCCUCGACGCCCAUGCUGGCAUUCUAUAAACAGACAAAUGAGUGGCCGGUCUACUCUAGAUGAAAAUGGAUGGAGAAAUUGAAUUUCGGCUGGAUCUGGAUGUCUUGAGAAACGACUCUCUGAAAAGUUAUACAUACAUGGUUGGCUGGCUGGCAGGCAGGCAGGAACGCAUUGCGCUGAGUUGAGUUAAGUUGAGUUGCAUAGCGAGAGGCUGUUUGGUUUGGUUUGUUUUGGCGUUUGGGUCUGGUUGAGCUUAUGACACGAUGUGCUUGCAAUGCAAUGCAUGGCUUUAUCAUUGAUCCGCUCAAUGUAGGCGGGUAGGAAAGGCAAGGAAAGCAUGGAUGGAAAUGUGUAUAUUAGACUGGAUGGCUCCCUUAUGGAGGUAAGCGGAACAUGAAUCGUUGAAGACGACACCUACCUUUUGAAA